CUCUCGUACAGCAACUGAACCACCCCAACGUGAUCAAGUACCAUGCAUCAUUUAUUGAGGAGAACGAGCUGAACAUUGUGUUGGAGCUGGCUGAUGCUGGGGACCUCUCCCGGAUGAUCAAGCACUUUAAGAAGCAGCGGAGGUUGAUUCCAGAGAGGACCGUGUGGAAGUACUUUGUCCAGCUGUGCAGUGCGCUGGAACACAUGCACUCUCGACGGGUCAUGCACAGAGAUAUCAAGCCAGCUAAUGUGUUCAUAACUGCCACAGGAGUGGUGAAGCUGGGAGAUCUGGGACUGGGAAGAUUCUUCAGCUCCAAAACCACCGCUGCCCAUUCUCUAGUGGGCACCCCCUACUACAUGUCUCCAGAAAGAAUACAUGAAAACGGAUACAACUUCAAAUCUGACAUCUGGUCGCUAGGCUGCCUGCUCUACGAGAUGGCAGCUCUCCAGAGCCCGUUCUACGGUGAUAAGAUGAACCUGUACUCUCUUUGUAAGAAGAUAGAGCAGUGUGACUACCCUCCACUUCCAUCCGACCACUACUCUGAAGAGCUGAGAAAGGUGGUAGAUAUGUGUAUUAACCCCGACCCAGAGAAGAGGGCUGACAUCAUAUACGUGUAUGAUAUUGCCAAACACAUGCAACGCCAGACGCAGCUGGGCAGCUAAGUCUUCACCGGAGACACACUACGACCUGCACUCCUCUCCUCUCUCCUCUCUCUGUAUCUCCUCUCCUCCUCUCUUCCCUCACCUCCACAGAAGGACAGGCAGACAUCGAUGUUGUCUUUCACACAAUCAUGUAUUCAUAAGUUCAGUUGUUCCGAGGUCUCUGUAUUGUUAAGGUUGUUUUUGUUUAGGAGAAGGGAGUGCUGUCUGUAUGUCCCAGAUAUGUCCUGUAUCUAUUCCCAUUGAGCUUAAAGAUGGCUGCAGCUAAGAAUGUUCUGAUGGUGCCCCCUGCCCUGCCUGGCCCUGCCCUGCCCUGCCUGGCCCUGCCUUAGACCGCUGCGUCACUCGGGAGGCCCGGUCCUGACGUCGUUAAAUAGAAAUAGAGCAUAUGUACUGUCUCCAUAUGUACACAGCCUGUAUCACAGAGGAACUUGCAAUAUGAAUGUUUAGUGUUGUACUGUUAGUUAUUUUAGUAACAGAACAUCCUGUUAGAUGUAGUUUAUCUGGAGAGCUAUAGUAUCGAGAUCCAAUCAAGAAUACAGACGGAAAGAAGAAGAAGAAAUCUAGUGUUUAGAUGGUUAAAUGUUGCUGUGUUGCACUUUGUACCCCGGUACUGACAGGGUGGUGAGGUAAUGCGGUGAUGAAUGUGUCUAGGAGGGGGGUGUCUUACCCCAAAGAGCACAGAGAGAACUAGUGAAGAGGUAGGUAGAGGUAGAGAGAUGCUGCAAGUUAACACUGAGGUUAUACAUGUAUGUACUUGGUUGAAUGUAAUAAUGAUGUUAUAAUUUCAAAUAUAAAAGCUUUAUUUCCAUUUUUAAAA